AAAUAGUGAAGAGAAGAGCAGCUGAAAAAAAAAAGCUUACAGAAAACAAAAAUGGAGGUUGGAGAAAACUCACUGUACCAGCAACUUCAUAAGCUAUCAGGGGUGAAGUCCGAAGAAGCUCUUGACCAAUUGAUUUCUGCUCUCUGGCAAACCAGGAAGACUGGCCUCCGUGGUCACCAUGACAAGUCCCAUUUCCAGACCCUCCUCAAUCUGCCUUCUCUCUCCGACCUCGACCCUGUUUUGGCAUGCCUUCGUUCGAUGAUUAGAAAAUGCGCCUAUGGAAACUUCAAUGGCGAUGAUCUUCUUAAGCUUGUUCCGCCUGAUUUGCCCGUUGAUCUUCAGCAAAUUCUUUUGCUUUUGUUCCAGAAGUAUCGGAGUCAGUGGAAAGAGGAUGUUUCAAAGGAACAGCUUUUAUUGCCGAGGAGCAGUGUUUCCUAUCAUGAUAAAAUGGGCGCACCAACAACUUUCACACCUUUCUUACCUUCGAAUACUUCGGCAGCAUUCUCACGCCAGAUCGAUCCUGUUGCUCAAUUAGAUCAGAAUAAUAUUGGGGCUACUGCUACUGCACCAAUUAUUCCUGAAAACAUGGGAAUUUUUCCGCACCUCAAGUCGAUGACUUGGAACAUGGAAAAUUGCAGCUCGGACCAAGCAAGGAGAACGGCGGUCAUCACGCUAAAGCUGCAAGACAAUUCGAAAUCUUCUUCGGGAGAAAUGGAAGUGAAGUUUCAACUCACUAAAGAUACACUUGAUGCUAUGUUGAGGUCAAUGACUUACAUUAAUGAUCAGCUCUCUGGAAUGGUUGGAAGUUCUUCGGAGGAGCCGAUACAGAAGAAGCAAAAGCAGUCAGAUACUUCUGCUUAAGUUUGAUUUUGUUUGGUUCAUUCAGAUUUCAGUGUACAGAUUUACCAUACACAGACACAAAUAUCUCAAAUUUGGUUUAUGUGGUACACUAGAAACCUUGUAGAAUCUUAUGUUUAAUGACAAUCUUAACAAAACCAGUUACAAUGUAUAUGUUCAUUUGUUUUUUUUUUAACAAGGGUUAUUGAUUUUGAUCAGAAGAAUGUAAUGUACUUUACAGUGAAAUCAAGAAAUAAAAAAUCUCAGGCUGGUUUUUUUCUAAUAUGAAUAUUUGUUGUUGUUUUCA